AUGUCCGAGACAGCUCCUCCUACGCGCUCGCCCGCCUUCGCGCGCCCGGUCAGCGAGGCACUUUUGAACGAGAAGUGGGACCACUGCCUCUCGAACCUCCUGAUCAAGUCAACACUCGGCCUCGGCUUCGGCGUCGUCUUCUCGGUCCUUGUCUUUAAGCGCAGGGCUUGGCCCGCCUUUGUUGGUGCCGGUUUCGGUGCCGGCCGGGCGUACGAGGAGUGCAACUACAACCUGAAGCAGACGGCCAGGGAAAUCCGCAGGCAGGCAUAA